AUGAAAAAUGAAAAAUAACCAAAAAGUACUGGCAACUGUGCAAUUUUAACAUGUCAGACUCCUCAGAUGCUGACAAUGAGAUAAUUGAGUUGAUAGACAAAGGGAACUAUCAAUUGGCUCAAUCAUUAAUUUCCAAAAAGAUCAAAAAGUUUCCUCAAAAGACUCUUUACUAUGCCUUGAAUAAUGAAAUUUUGUUCAAGAGAGGUGAAACUGAACAAGCUAUUCAAAAUAAUUUAAAAUUAGUAGAAAAGAUACCCAAUGAUAAACUCACAUUAUCGACAUUAUUCAAAUUUUUUGAAGCUGUCGGGAUGGAGAGAGAGUCUAAUUUGGUUUAUGAAAAUUCUAUCAAGAGAUAUCCCAUCAAUAAUGAAUCCACCAUUCUUGAAUGGUUUGAAGGUUCGAUAAGUAAAUAUAAUUUAAAGUCCUUUAAUAAGAUAUUCGUUAAUUUACACAAAUCAGCCAAAGAAAAUAGACUAUACACUUUUUGGCUUGCAUUCAGCUAUUACUUAUUGAUAGUCAAUCGGAAUACUUUAAAGAUCAGCGAUAAAGAAGUAGAGUUAUAUAAAUCUUUAGGGCUUAAGAUUAUUGAAGAAUUACAUCCAUUGGUAAACUCUCAGGAGCUAUUUGUCUAUGUCUCCUUAUUGAAAUUGUCUAACAGAGAUGAUGAUGUAACUACUGUACUUAAAGGUAGAAGUGACCUCGAUUUAGAGUUAAAGUUGAUUUAUCUUGUAAGCUUAGAAUCAACCAGACAAUGGUCAACACUUAAAGAGUAUACUUCCAAGCUAUUAUUUGAAGAGGAUUUCAAUGAUUUUGAUACUUGGAAGUUGUGGAUCAAUUCUAAUAAUAAGUUAAAAUUAUCAAGUGAAGAUUUGAUUUCUAAGAUUAAUUCAAUCAAACCUACAAGAAACUCAACUUUAUCAUUAAUCGAAAUAGCAAAAGCAUAUGGUGAUAGUCUCAACCAACCAAUUAUCAACUAUUAUAAUAGAUACAAUCAUAAAAUUUGUUGUUUUUAUGACUUGAAGGGUUAUCUUACUGAUACAGAUACGGCUGAAUUUUUCACUUUAGUAAACAAUUCUACAUCAGAAUUAUUGUCAUCGUCUCCAAGCUCAGUAGAUGAUUUGAUCAGGCUCAUCAAUAAUCAAAAAUUCAAUUAUCUUUUAUCGCCUAAUUUGGAUGUUGAUUCUUACAAUGAUAAGACAUGGAAAAUCUAUGAUAUUUAUAAAGAUAAUGAAUCAAUUCGUGGGAGUGAAUUCGAUAAUAAUCCUUUAAGCGAUCUUGUGCUUAUUUCAAUUAUAAUUGAUUUAUCUCAAGACAGUAGCAUUGAAAGUAUUAUCAAUAGGAUUACAUUAUUGCAAGGCUUAUUAGAAAAAGAUAAGUACAACCACAAAUUGAAAUUAUGGUUGAUGAAGUUGUAUUGUAAUUUAAAUACCAAUGAUGCAACUUUAAAAUUGUAUCAGAGUAUGAAUAUCAAAAUGACUCAACAUGAAUCAUUAAGUCAUUACUUAAUUGGUCUUAAUCCUUCCAAAGAUAACUUGACAGAGCUUGUUGAUAUUUUCAGAUUUUAUUUAACAUCAGAUAGAGAAAUCCAAUCUAGUGUUUUUGAAGGGUUUGAUAGAGGAGUAUUUACAAAAUUAGAAAGUUUUAUUAGUUUUGGGAAAAGAUUAUCAAACUCUGUAUCCAGAAAUCUCAUUAUUUUGAAUGUGAUCAGAUUCUCUGUUGUUUUAGGAAAUAGUAACUAUAUCAAUUAUUUUAUUAACUUAAUAAAGUAUCAGGCAGACACCAUUAUACAGGGAGAAAUUAUAGACAAUAGAGAUAUAAAAUCUGAAUGGAAAUUUGGUCUAGUAGAUGAAAAGUCCAAAAAUUUCGAUACUACUUUGCUCAAUGAUCCUAUUAAUGGUGAUCAAGUAAAUAGUUCUUUGAUCAGAUUAAAUAUCUUGAAAUAUCUUAUUAUUUUUGAAUCAAAGGAUACAACCAUACAAAAAUAUCUUAAAUUGUAUAAUAAGUUGUUAUCUAGCUUCAAACCAAAGCUUGCAUUUGAUGGUUUAUUAUUGAAGUUAAAUCACAACAUAUUAAAGUUGUUUAAAUUAAAAGGUCAAUUGAAUGAAAAUGAAUAUAGUUCAUCAUUGAACUUUUUCCUCAAAAACUUCAAAUUUGAUAAGAUUAAAACUAGCCUAAUUCCUAAAUCCUAUUUAUCUUGGGAAUUAAGUCACAAUUUAACUAAUUUAGUAGAAUUGGUGCAAAUUAUUAAUAUCUUAUUAAAAGUGGUGAAACCAUCAAAGGAAAUACAAGACAUAAAGGAUUGUACAGAACAUAUGAUAUCAGAUUUGAAAAAGUUUAAAUUUAAGGACUUACAAAUACAAGAACUCGAUGAAAUAAUUAUAUCAAACAAGCUUUCUGAUUUAUCCCUUCAAGAUAAGGGAAAUGGAACCCAUAUAAAAGGUUCGAUCGUUAGCUCGGCAGAUACUUUGCUCAAAAUCAUACAAAACCUUAAAGUCAACUGAACUUAGUUGUUUAUAGAUACAUAUUUUAUUUGAAUUCAGGACCAUUGAUGCCUAACAUUGUCGUCAUUUCAUUAAUUCUCUUGAUACCUAAAUGUAGUAAAUAUUUUCUAUGAUUGAGAUCGGUUUCUUUUGCGUUAACAUUGAAUUCGCCCUUAGUAAAUUCCAAUAAAUCCGUUUUCUCAUGUGAUUUAUAAAUUAUUCGAAGAACAUCUCUAUAUAUCUGUUUUACCCUCUGCCUGAAAAGAAAUUCUUCUAGAGACAACACAUUUCGUAACCUCUUUUUGGAAGAGCCCAAUGCUCCAUUUGUUAUAUCAGCAGUUACUUUAGAAGCGAAUGCCCCUGAAGUGCCCGAUAAAUAUCGUACGACUACU